ACCCCACUGGUCGCGCCGACCGCCGAGCUUCGACAUUCGUACCCCGUCCGCGAUCCACGCGACGCCGACAAACCCGCGAACCCGCAACCCGCAGUGAUCCCAUGUAACGUGUUCAUCGCUCGCGCAACCUUAGUGUUUAGUGCUCCCCUCUGUGUUUUAUUUUUUUUUGUCUUAGUGUUACUUCCGCGUGUAAAUGGCGACCUUUUUGGGCACCUUGUGUUUCCUGUUCCUCCUCCAGUUGAUCCUGGGCAACUCGCUGCCGGAGUCCAAGUCGACGGGCGUCCCGACGCCGCGCGACGCCUCGGAGCACGCCAAGAACUACCGGGUGCUCCAGAAGCGCACCUUCGAGCGCGGCCGCGAUCUGAAAACCGGUUCGGUGGAGCGCGGCGCCGAGCAGCAGCUCCCGUCGGCGGCCGAGCGGUGGCUGCUCUUCGAGACGGCCAACCACGGCGUCAUCGACAUCGACGGACUCCCGCCGACGAACCGGUUUGGCCACCGCUACGGCCACCACGACCGGGACCGGUUAGGCCCUCAUCAGCAACGAGAGAAACAGGAUCUAGUCCACGAUCAUUCGAACCCGGAACUGUGUCCGGACAAGCGAAGCAAGAUCCAUUUCAUGAAAAAGGCCCCGCUGAAGAAUCUAAAAGACAACGCCUCCAACGACCCCGAGUUGGUGUCGCUCUGGAAGAAGAAACCGGUUUGGAGCCGGGAGGCAUGGCAGAAGCGGAGUUACUACGACCGGUCGCGGCCCAACUUCUGGGUGCGGGAGGAGGAGCCCAGUCAUCAUCAUCAUCAUCCGAGCCUCCACCCGGAGGAUGACGGCGGGGGGACACUAUCGGUUAUGACGCAAGGACUCAGCAAAGAAAUAGCCAACCAAUUUAUUCACAGGUCGCCCCGAGGGAAGACACAGUAUGAUGUUCCUCAAAUAGAAUGCCCGCCUUCAGAAGACGGGAUGGAGCGGUUCGCGUGUCCAACGCCCGACCGGAUGGGUAGAUAUAGGUGUAUAGACGAUCAUGUCCUUUGUGAUGGAUUUAUAGACUGCCCAACGGGGGAAGAUGAAGACCGGCAAUCGUGUAUGUUCUACAAAACGACGAAAGCUCAUUUGGACGUACUAGCGGACGCCCUCCUUCGCUGGGCGAGAGGACGCUAAGAAGGGCCGGAGCCGAGACCCCAGCUGGAACGAGCAGAGUGCACCGAGGACGAGACGCCAACAGGCAAAUUCAUCACCAGAAUCUCAAAGUUAUUUUUAUCAAAUAUAGUCAAGUAUCAUUUCCGACGCGACGGUGCGCUGGUGAGUUUGACGCGGGGCGGCACUCUGACUCCAACAGACGCCAUUAGUGUUACGUCACAGAAAAGCCAUCCACUCUCAUCGGUAGCAUUGAGAGAUCCCAUUAGCAUUGAUACUCUUCGUAUCCGAUUCCGUGUAAUGGAGAAUCCUUUUGAUGACGUCACCACUAAUGGCGUCUCUAGACGCCCGAGGAGACGCGCGCCGAACAUGUUCGUCGAACGUGACGAUAGUUAAACAAAUGGCAAUCAGAAAAAAAAACCCUAAAUAAUUUAUUCAUGAUUUAUCUCUCGCAUUGUGUUUGUUUCUGAUUUUUUUUUUUUCGUUUUGUUUCCAUUCAAACUGUCAUUAAGCACAUAAGAUUUGUGAUUUUACAGAAUGAAGCUCAUUAGCGAUCGCGGUCCCCCGCUUUUUAGUGGGGGUGCGUUUUUUUUUUAAAAAAAAAUCGCCGUGGAGGAAUUCAAUCAAUUUCUGUCAGUCAAUUGUUGGCUUUAAUUUUCUUUUUUCCCGAAUAUCAUAGUGAUUAACGUUUGUAAUAUCAGGAAAUGUAUUCGUGAUAUUUUCGUUGAGGUUUCGCUCGAAAGAGAAAGAAAAACCCUUCGAGUCUAUCAACAUAAUUCCGGGCUCUAAACUCAAUCAGAAAUUUCACCUUGAAUCCAAUCAAUUUUAACUUUCAUUUUAACCUCGAUUAUUACCUGUAUUUUUACCCUGGUUGGUUAGUUAGUUAGUUGAGUGGGUAAGAUUUAACCUCAACGCAUUGAGAAAAAGUGGACUUUUCUUCGAAAGGAAAUCGUUUCUUCCAGAUUUUCUCCUUGAGGGAUGCAAGAAAUUACUUCUGUGGUUCAAGAAGCGAUUUAUGCCGUCACAUUUAUUUUUAGUUGUGUCAGAAAAUAUUUAACACGAAGUUAGCUGGGCCUUUUAUCAGGAACAAAUGUAAACUUUUUUGAUCACGACUGUAAUUUUACCUGACAUGAUAGGCCCCUUUUUCAUUCAUACAACAUAUGUUUUCGUUAGCGCAAUAGAAACUACUGAGGCAACUGGUUUCUUACCAGUAGAGAAUAUGAUUUUUCUCACUAUAGUUGCCUAAAGCUUGUCGCAAUGUUUCACACGCGAAGGGUAGUCUUUUGACAACAUUAUAUACCUCAAGUAUGCUUGCGGCAAUACUGUUGGUUAAAAAAAAACAUUGACCCAUUAUUGGGCAUUGGAGUAUUAUCCAUACAUCUGAACAGCACCCAUGCACACCUGACUUCGUGGUAAUAUUAAUCAAAGCUUUAUACUUAAAUCAAUACUAAAAGGACACAUGCGCUGUACGUGAUCAAGUUUUACCUUCGAGCCUAUAUAAAUUAAUAUGACAUUACAAAAUCGGCCAUAAAUUAUUGCCGUUUGAAAAUUGAUACAAUGCUAUGAAUCAAGGACGGAUUUUAAGUUGUACAAUUAAUGAUGUGAUCUCAUGAAAUGUUAAUGGUGAGAAAGGAACCGUAGAGCAACUUCUAACUUUCCAACCUUGUAUCGAUCUUAAAUUUGUGACUCAGUGUAUUAAUAAAGAUGGCAGACUUCCUUUCACCUUCUGAUAGUUGACUGAUAGAAACAUGAUGAUAUGCUCUGUAUCGGAUGGUUAUUAAACGAAAAACUCUGUUAAGUUUAGAAUAUGCAAACUUUUCAUCUGUCUGUCUUAAUCUACUCAGUUUUAAAUUCAUCAAUUAAUUGUUAUUUAUACCUGAGAAGGUGAAGAAACAAAAUAUUUGUCGAGAAGGCUAACCAGUGACGGUUUUCAUUUAUUCACAAAUUUACUUCUAAUAUGUAGUUUAACAAUUGUCUCUAAACACACUAAAUAGGUAAAAUCCUUGAAUUUGAUAAAUUCAAAAGUGUUACGUCUUUGUCCCCUGAAAUUUUGAAAAAUUAUCGGUCCAUCGUGCCAUGCAAUCCAUUUAAAAACUUCUUUUUAUUCAAUACAUGACUAAAAUUGUAGAAUAUUAAUUGUUUAUACGUCAUAAUAGAGGAAUUAAGUUAAGGGCAAUAUCUUCAUCACACGUGGAAGUCUCUGCAAAAUAUGGCCACUUUGUGACGGCGUUUUUACUCUGGAACUUGGUCAAACAGUCAUUACAGCUCACCUAUCAUACCGUUUUACAGUACUGAUCAAUAGUCAAUUCAAAAUCAACUUUUGUUUUGUAAUAUGUUACUUUUCGUUGUUAAUACCUCCUAAGUUCCGAAGAAUAAAAAAUAAAUAAUAAUUAAGGUAUUUUGGAAUUGGACGUAUUAAUGCUAAAAUGAUGAAUUUUGCACGCAACCCCUAUGUGUCUAUACGCAUAUUUCCUUUUAUCAUAAAUACAUUCAACUUUUUAGUAGCAACUAAAGAGUUUGUUGCCUCACUGGAGAGUCAUCUUGAUAUUAAAGACGGGGCAAAUUGGUUGAAUUCCUUCGCUCAAGCGCUCGUUUCAAUCUAGAUUUUUUGGAUUUGACUUGUGAAUUAAAAUUAAUUCAAUAUCGCACAAAGACUGAAUAACUACCUUUAAUUUUGAUUAUGAUGAAAAGUCGGUUUAUGUUAUAAAUCCGCCAAAACUACUUAGAAUGCGACUAAGAACGAAAGUAUGUAAAUGUUUUAUGAAUUAUAUUUGAUAGAUAGUUUUUAUUUAAUUAAUUAUGUGGGCAGAAAUUAUUGUUCCUCUUCUCUUUUUUCUUUGUUAAAAGUCUUUAAUGUUUCAUAAAUCAAGAGAGUGACCUUUAUCUAUUUUCUGGCAUACAACUUAAAACAGCUUAAAACUCAAAGUAUGAAUUAUGCAUACGAAUUUCAAGGGAAUUGCAUUAAUGAGCAAUUUCUUUUUCUUUCUCUUUUUUUGCAAAAAAAUUGAAAUUUCUUUAAAGAAAGGUGAAAAUCACACAGGAACAGUUACAAUCUUUUAAUAUCACUGAUGAAAACUAUAUAUUUUGAUGUUUCUGUGUACUUUUCUCGCACGUAAAAAGUUCUAUGGACUCGACUCGAGAGACACCUUUACGAUAUCGUAUCAUACGACUAAAAGAAACAGUAUCUCAAUUGCAGCUUAUGGGGUGUUUCAUUUUAACUUUGUUUUAAAUUUUGAUGGAAAAUCAACCAAUUUUAUUGCUUGAAAUUUUUGCCAAAAUAUUCUCCGCGCCAGGGAGAAAAAUCGGGCAACUUUUAAAAAAGUAACGAUGGUUAGUUUUCUUUUUGAAAAAUAAAAUACGCAGAAAUUGUACAACAUUCCAGCUAGGACGAGGUGCAGAGUUUUAAGUUCCAUAAUCGAUAAAUGACCUGGAGGAGGUAGGUCCGAGAAUUCAAGUGACGUAUUUCGAUAAACUAUUUUCGUUUCUGAUUACAUUCGACUGAAUUAAAACCUAUGUUUUGUCCCUGUUAAUACGGCAGAAGUCAGGGCGAUCGAAAUUCAUGAAAAUAGACGUCACCAUUAUGGACUAUAAUUCAACGUAUCUAAAAGGCAUAAUCUGCUAUUGCUUGGAAGAAAUACAGAAGAAGUACAAAAAUGGGGAUGACAUGAAAUUUUGACGAGUCUCUACUUAAACUUUUGAUAGUUAUUUCUUUCCAAAAUUACUUGCAUGCUCCAGCGUUUAAUAUAGUUCCAACAAGUGUCACGAAGAUGCAGUACGUCACAAAUUUUCUUUCCUCAUUUGAUUGCCUCUUUUUGUUCUCAUCAUAUUUCCUUUUACGUGACAACGUUGUUUCAAUUUCCUAAAUGAACGUUGACUAUUGUUUCUGACUAAUUUUUUAUAAUUGUUCAUACAUCUAUCGUCUCUGAUUUACAUUACCAACCGUCCGGCAAUAUAUUCAAACUAUUUCGAAAUGAGACCUGAGUCAUUUUCUGUGAAGAUUGAACUAUGAACUGUCUAACCUUGUGAAUGCUUUAUGCUUAUGCUGACAUUAUGUUCUUCCAAGAUCUUGGAAGAACAUAAUGUAAUCAGGCUAUCGAGGAUAAUGAACGAUUCUGUUUUUUUAAGUAAAGGUAUGUGAUAGGAAUUUUUCUGAGCGAAGUUCCAAAGAAUGACGAUGGGCUAAGCGUCUUGGAUAUAUUGACUU